AUGGCUACAAAGGUAGUGGAGGUGGCGAUUGAGCAGUAUGAUCCUGUCGAACUAGAGCCCAUUGUAUCGCCGCCCAUCCCACUUUCUGAUUGGAAGGCUUGGUCAUACUACGCGCGCCCUUGCGUGAAUGGUGUGGAAGUUGAUAACCUCUCACCCAGUCCCGACUUGGACGUCGAGCUCGAUAUACAGGAAAUGUUUGAUUAUUUGAAAAGUCCAGGUGGAACACCGCAUCCCGAACGAUGGAUCAAAGGCCAAAAGCAUAUUGCUUUACCGCCACGUCCUACACGAUGGAAACGCGUCGAUCCCCUCGAACCUAUUCCGUUCCCCUGGGAAAUUCAACUAAACCCACUUCUCACCCACAGUCUCAUCACAUUCCCGGAUCUGACCCCCAUUUAUUGGAACCUCACCUUCCAAACAUCCAUCCUCUUCUUCCUUACCGAAGAUGGGGGCUUGCAAUUCGUCUUGGACAAUGACAUUUGUCAACCGGCGACCUACCCACUCGUCACACACAUGUACGUCUGCGCAUUCGCGUUUGCCCCGGACUGGAACACACAGUACAAGCUUCCGUGGCCGAUAAUGCUGCAGAGUCGAGACGGGAUUACCUGCGAUGAUUUUUUCGUUGGGAUACACGAUAAUUUUCAACAGCAUAUGAAGAAGAGUGAGUAUGAAAAGUUAGGGGAGGAGAUGCAACGUAGGGCGAUGAGCGCACAUGUGCAUAAUCUCAACGUAAAUGCUGACAAUUUCAUGAAACGGGUUGAUAUACUAGGUGACAAUGUUUUUUUCAGAGGGUUAGCUCCGAGUAUGAAUAUGGAAGGCUGGGUUCUGUUGCUGGGCACUGAACCACCGUCGAUGAUCAGGCCAAGACCUGGCUUAGAUGUAUAUUAA